AUGGAGCAUAGGGUUCGGUUAUUGACCAUGUUCAUGGUUGUACUAGGUUUAACACAUUUCUCUACUCCGGUCGAUGCAGUCCUCAAGGUCAGGAUGUUGUCGGAAUAUGCUCCUAAUCCUCCACCGGCAACCCGAUAUCAUAUCGGUUCACCUCCCACGGCUGUUACAUCUAGAGAUUCAUCGGAGUAUGUUCCUAAUCCUCCACUUGCAACCCGAUACCAUAUCGGUUCACCCCCUAUGGCUGUUUCAGCCUCGUUGCUUACAAGAGAUUUGUCGAAUUAUGCUCCUAACCCUUCACCGGCAACCCGUUAUCAUAUCGAUUCAUCCCCCACGGCCGUUAUGUCUUCAUCACUUAAAGGAAAUUUGUUGAAGUAUGUUCCUAGUCCUCCGGCUCCUCGUGCUAAUAUUGGUUUGCCACCAGCAAAAGUUGUCCGGUCUUCGAUAUUGUUUCCGAAGAGUUUGAACUUUGGAAUGUUGCCUAAAGGAGUGUCGAUUCCUCCGUCGGGACCUAGUCGAGAGACAUCAGAUCCACCUCCGCCUCCUCCGCCACCAAUGCGAUAA